AUGCCUAUGCCUAUGCCUAUGCCUAUGCCACCCCCACAAGGUGGCCACUACCCCCCUCCGCCUGGACACUUCCCACACCCCAUGCCUGGACAGAUGGGCCCUGGUACCUUCAUGCACCCUGGGGGCCACACAGCCACCGUGUUGGCACCCCCAGGAGCCGCCACCACUGUGACUGUGCUGCAGGGAGAGAUGUUCCAGACGAGCCCAGUGCAGACCGUAUGCCCACACUGUCAGCAGGCCAUCGUCACACGCAUCUCCCACGACAUCGGCCUCAUGAACACACUCUUCUGCCUCUUCUGCUUCUUUGUGGGGUGCGAUCUGGGCUGCUGCUUGGUUCCCUGCCUCAUCGACGACCUAAAGGAUGUGACGCACUCUUGUCCGUCCUGUAAGGGGUACAUUUACACAUACAAGCGUAUAUGCUAA